ACAAAAGCCCGAUGGUGCGGCCGCAAGUGACAGAAAACAAGCCAGACGCUGAAGGAGCCCUGUUCUCGCUCGGCUGCAGCCAUGAGGGGAGCACAGCAGCUGUAGAGGGACUGGAUGCAAGUUCAACAGAAGGGUUGGACCUCCAGUGAAAGACAGAGAGGCUGAUCGGCAGGGCAGCACAUCAAGGACCGACCGACAUCAAUGAAGACACCUGGCAUGGCCAUUUUCAAGCAACAGAAUGUGGAUGAUUUCUAUGAAAUCGGUCAAGAGCUGGGAAGUGGGCAGUUUGCCAUCGUCAAGCGCUGCACGGAGAAGAGCACGGGCGCCGAAUACGCGGCCAAGUUCAUCAAGAAGCGGCAGAGCCGCGCCAGCCGGCGAGGCGUGAGGCGGGAGGAGAUCGAGCGGGAGGUGGACAUCCUGCAGCAGCUGCAGCACCCCAACGUGGUGGCGCUGCACGAUGUGUUCGAGAACCGCACGGACGUGGUGCUCAUCCUCGAACUGGUCUCUGGAGGAGAGCUUUUUGACUUCUUGGCUCAGAAGGAGUCUCUCUGCGAGGAAGAGGCCACUCAGUUUAUCAAACAGGUCCUAGAUGGAGUCCAGUACCUCCACUCCAAGAGGAUUGCACAUUUUGAUUUAAAGCCUGAAAACAUAAUGCUGCUGGACAGGAAUGUUUCUCUACCCCGAAUCAAACUCAUAGACUUUGGACUGGCGCACAAAAUAGAGGCCGGGGCCGAUUUCAAAAACAUUUUUGGCACGCCUGAAUUUGUCGCUCCGGAGAUAGUGAACUACGAGCCGCUCGGACUGGAGGCCGACAUGUGGAGCAUCGGAGUCAUCACUUAUAUACUGCUGAGCGGCGCGUCGCCUUUCCUCGGUGACACCAAACAGGAAACGCUGGGGAACAUCUCCGCCAUGAACUACGAGUUUGACGAGGAGCUCUUCAGCAACACCAGCGAGCUGGCCAAGAGCUUCAUCAAACAGCUACUGGAGAAAGACACGAGAAAACGGAUGACGAUACAAGACGCCUUGAAUCACCCCUGGAUCAAGUCCUGGGACCCCCAGGACGAAGGCAGCGCUGCCCCCGAAGCCGAGAAGAAGGCCGAGCAGCUGAAGACCAAGCGUCUAAAGGAGUACACCAUCCAGUCGCACUCCAGCAUGGCGCAGAACAACACGUACGCCAACUUCGAGCGCUUCGCUCACGUGGUGGAGGACAUCGGCCUGAUGCAGGCCGGGCUGUCGGAGGUGGCGGGAGCCCGCCGCGCUCUGCAGGCCGACGUAGACACGCUGCUCUCCGUCUACAGCGGGAAAGAGGCCCGGUACAGAGAGGAGAGCGAGACGGCGAGGAAGCGGCUCUCGCAGGCCAGCUACGAGUUCCGAAAAGUGGAAGCCACCAGGAGGGUCCUGCAGGAGGACAUGAAGGCCGUCGACGCCUGUCUGGAGAGCAUCGGCGGGAAGCACGGCCACAGGCAGCGGCAGCUGGACGCCCUGAGGCAGGAGCUGAACUCGGAGCUGCAGUGGCUGCAGGAAGUGAUGAGCUCCCUGCAUCCCGACGGAGCCGGUGGCGGCGGCGUCCGCGGCCACGGCGUCGGUACUGAUGUGAAGCGUGCGCUGAAGGAGCUGCUGGAGCAGGCCUGUGGAGGAGAACUGAGUCCGGAGGUCCAACAGCCUGCCUCUCACUAAGUCCGCCUGACAAACACAUCCGGGAAAAACUUGACUUUAUUGACAAAAUAUACAAUUUCUUUAUGUCUAUAAGUCUUUACUUGUGUGGACAAAUGCACAACAUUAUACCUUUUUUAAAAAAAUGCAAACGAUGCUUUACAAGGGAAGAAAGACGUCAUGUCUGCACAUUUUAUACAAACAAUAAGUUUGAGUUGAUCUAACUUACUAACACUAACUUGGUUUUUCCAGAGAAUAAAGAAAAGAAACUUUCUAACCACCACCUUUGAUAUAUUAUAUUCGCACACUGCAUCUUGUCUGCUUGUUCAGGUAAAGAAAUGGAUUUAAAUACAGUUUAAAACAGGAUUUUUUUUCCUAAUAAACUCAACUAAGUUUUCGGUAAAUUAUAGCACAAUACAAGAAUUUUCUUAAAAUAGAAACUGUACGACUAAAAACUAGAUUUAAUAAUGUAUUACUCAAUUUGAUUGAGGUUUAUUAUUAUUUAUUCUAACAAAUUGAUAUUUAUUGAAGAGUGUUUGAAGGAUUUUACUGAGUCAAGGCCAGAAGACGAUGCAGGAUUGAAUGAAGUGAUCUGAAAGUCAUUAGAUUUUCUUUCCUCCAGUUCUGUAUUUCAAGCUGUGUUUUGAUGCACUUUCUUACUUUCUUUUUUUACUGACCUCAUUUGUAACAUGACGUGUGCCACUUUUUUAAGGGAUGGAUUUUUAUGGAAGCAAAUGUGCACUUUUAUUAAGAGUCGAUUUAAUUUAUUUGAAUUGUUUUUCUUGGAGAUGUUUUCCUUGUCAAAACAUCUAUGAUAGACUCAUACUUGAUCAUAUAUUGGAUUUAAAAAAAAAAAAAAACUUUCUUUAAGCAUCUCUUGUUUCUCUUUUCAUGAGCACUUUGUUUCAACUCUGUUGUCAAGCCUGAAAUAAACUUUGAUAAUUUCUUUUACAUUCAAGUUCCUCAUUUCUUAUUUUUGGUAGUGUGAGAUCUCAGGGUUUUAUUGAAAGGU